CUUGGGCUUUUUCUAAACCAACGGGGAUGUAGCGCUUAGUCAAGUGUGAGUCCAGUGGAUAAUAGAAAGCUGGGAGAUUUGUUAGGUGGUGUAUUCUUUUCUAACCGUGGGAGCACGUACCGAGUAGAUUAAAAAGUUGUACAUUUACAUGGACACUGCUAAGUCUUGUUCUUUAUACUUGUGUGGGUCCACCUGUUCUAUAUACCGCAUACAGUAGCCUGUGUUGAGCAUUGUUCUGAAUACACAGAUACAAAUUGUCAAGAACAAUGGGAUUAGAAAAAAAACAACUAUUCAUCAGUCAUGAGUAACAAUGGGUUAACCACGAAAUACACCUUUAAAAUCUUGACGGAGAAAGCGCAUCCACACAACUCCAGAUGAAAACUACCCAAAAUUUAGGAUACCACUAAAUUAUGGGCGCCGCGCGCUCAAGUGUAGAGGAUCGAAUAAUUGCCGUGUAAGCCCAAACAUGACUUUCUUCUCGUAUGAACACACCCGCCGUGAUACGUAGCUUAUAAUAACCGAACAUGGAGAGAUUGGAUUAAGCCAGGGAGACAAUCAUGUACCAGAGAUUUAAAGCUACAGCACCCAACAUAGAAGGUGCCAGCAAGAUUUGUUCAGUUGAUGUGCAGCAUGUUUCUAUGUCAAUUACCAGAAAAGCACCCAAGAUUGGAGAUAUAAGUCCAGUUGGUGACCCACAGAAAAACUGCCAUUUUGCUAGAGGACAAGAUUGCAAUGAGGAAAUGGUCAACAAGAACUCAAGUAUUUCACCUGAGAGGGACACUUCAGUGGACCUUGAUGGAGACGGAUUUGAAAGUUACACUUCUCUCAAGCAUCAUUCACAACAUCCUUUACCUAGCGAGGACUCAAGCCAACUGACAAAUGGAUGUCUGGUUUCACAUACAGAUGGGGACACAUCAUAUUCACCUUCUGGGUUCAACAAAAUUGCAAACAUUUGCCAGAACUCAAAUGGCCAACUAUUGUUAGUCAGUAAUCAUCAAGCUAGUAAGUUAGUCAUACAUAGCAAACAUUCAGAUGCCCAGCACAAUUCUCCUCCCUUUGCUGAUGCCAAUAGCAAUGUAGCAUCACUGCCAAACUCCCCACAACAUUCUCUUCAGCGCAAAGUAUCCAAUAUAACCAUUGACUCUGGUCGUAGUUCAACCAGUGGUACAGAGGAUAAUAAUGAUUGCUUUUUUGAGGAAGAAGAUGAGGAAGCUCUUGAUGAAGAUGAAAAAGAAGACCCAAUUAUGCGUCGCCAUAGUAUAGCAUGUGUAGACUCAACUGGGCACUUGAAUGUACCCACUUACCCAGAAACUUUUGCAUCCAGAGAGUCGCCAUAUUUCAGGACUAGUGUCUUAUUGAAAGAUGGCACCAGCAGUAGUGCUCAUGAAGACAUUUCCCCCUCAGCUACAUCCGCCCCAGUAAAUGUCAGGCGUGCUCCAAAAAUUGUCUACAGCCAUUCUGAGGAUAGACUAACAGCAUCCAGUGGUCACCAUAGAGCCAUCAUUCCCUCCCUGCCUUACUCCCCCUAUGGUUCACCAACAACUUCACCCAGACUUCGUCGUCAGCCCACAAUGGAGACCCACAGAGUGUCUGUGUCUGAUGCAGAUGGUUACACUCAGUUAAACCAAUACAAGUUAAAAGACGAGAUUGGGAAGGGUUCAUAUGGUAUUGUCAAGUUAGCUUACAAUGAGCAGGAUGAUGAACAUUAUGCAAUGAAAAUUUUAUCCAAGACAAAGCUUAUGAAAAAGGCUGGAUUUUUCAGACGCAUGCCACCAGCAAGGGAAGGCAAACCUAAUUCUCGACCUCCUAACCCAUUAGAAAGAGUUUAUCGAGAAAUAGCCAUAUUAAAAAAGUUGGAUCACCCUAAUAUUGUCAAGCUGGUUGAAGUUUUGGAUGAUCCAGAUGAAGACAAGCUAUAUUUAGUGUUUGAGCUGGUUGAUAAAGGUGAAGUUAUGACUGUACCAACUGAUUCUCCCUUCAGUGAAGAGGUUGCAAGAAACUAUUUUCGAGAUAUUAUCUUGGGAAUUGAAUAUUUACAUUAUCAAAAAAUUAUACACAGGGACAUAAAGCCCUCAAAUCUGCUACUUGCUGAUGAUGGCCAUAUAAAAAUAGCAGAUUUUGGAGUGAGCAACGAAUUUAUUGGAGGCGAUGCUUUUCUAACCAAUUCUGCUGGAACACCAGCAUUCAUGGCCCCUGAAACCUUAAAGGAUGAUGCAAAUAAUUUUCAAGGAAAAGCAUUAGAUAUUUGGGCCUUGGGCAUUACGCUGUAUUGUUUCAUCUAUGGAAAAGUGCCUUUUGAAGAGGAAUAUGUCCUUGGAUUACACAAGAAAAUUCUUAAAGAACAUGUUAGAUUUCCAGAAAAACCUCAAACAAGUGAAGACGUGAAAAAUUUAAUAUUGCGAAUGCUCAAUAAGAAUCCAUCAACCAGGAUAACACUUCCUGAAAUAAAGGAGGACCCAUGGGUAACAUGCCAUGGGAGAUUUCCUAUGCCCAGUGAGGAAGCUAAUUGUGUUCUAGUAACCAUAACUGAAGACGAUGUCAAGAAUGUUGUCAAACAUGUACCAAAAAUAGAAACUCUGAUAAUGGUAAAGAAAAUAUUACGUCAGAGGUCAUUUCGAAACCCAUACAUCUGCAAAAAACUUAGCUCUGGUGUUAGAGAAGAAUUUCAUAGAUCUGGGCGAUCAAACUCGGCACCAGAGUCUUUCAGCCAUAUCGGAAAAAGGAAAGUCUCAUCAGAUGCAAAUAUAGAUGUCCCUUUGAUGGAAGACAGCUGAUGGUGACACUUCAUGGCAAUAACAGAAAUAAAAAAUCAAAAUAUAUUUUUAAAAUUUAUAUAUACCACUCAUUCCUAUUGUACAGCAAAAUACUUUUUUGUGAAUAUAUAAAAUCACAGUAUAAUAACUAUUUUUAAAAAAUAUGUUGAAAAAAUAUAUUUUAUAAUAAUAAACUUUAAUACAUCAAAAUAUUUCUAUUAGAAUACCAUAAACGGUACAAGUUGUUAAACUAUUUACCAAUUAAUGCCCUUUGAUGUAAAACAUAUUUUUAAUGUUUUACAGUUUUAUCAUUGGUUAUAAUCAUUUGUUUUUAUAUAUUUUUACAAUAAUUUAAUUGCAUUGUUAAACUCAAUUUUUAAUAAACUGAAUCAAAAUAAAAUGUAAGAAUCAUUUGUAAAGCCUAAGUAACCACACUUAUAUUCCUUCAAGAGAAAAUUAUGCAAAAAUUAUAUUUAAUCAUUGAAGGUGUCAUUUUGUACAUGUUUUGUAAACACUUAUUUUCAUAGUUUUUUUUGGUAAGAAAAAAAUUAUAAAAAAGAAAUGAAAAUAUUUUUUUGCUUGUUGUUUAUAAUUUCUUUAAAUAAUACAAAAGAACACUUUAAAUAAGGCCUAUAUAAUUUUUUAAAAACAUUUCAAACAAUGGUCAUAUCCAUAGGAUUAUGAUUAAUUAUGGUUGCAUAAUUUGCACAACCUUAUUUACAAAAAAAAAGUUUUCAGCAAGUUUUGAAUCCUCAAUAAAUAAAUCCAACAAUGUUAACACCAUUCCCUAUUAAUUAACAUUAAGAACUAAAGGUCACAAAUUAGAUCUAGUAAGUAUUUUUAUUAAGACAACAUUUAGCUCCCAGCUAAACAAUAUGAACCUAUUAAUAUUAUGGACAAAAUGAUUGAUUUCCUUUCUUAUUCUCAUAUGAAUAACUCUGCUUGAUUCCUGCAUGUUUCAUUGCAUGCACUGAAACCAAGGGGGUGAAACUAUGCACCAUGUCUCUAGUGUCAGAACACAGUGUCAAAUGAAAGCAAUUUUAGUUGUCAAUAUUUGUUUCAUUUGAAACAGAAUAAACAGUCGCAAUUUAAU